AUGGGUAACGGGAUAAAACGAAAACACUACAGGCGCUAUGUGAAAAUUCCAUGGUGCGAACCAAGAGAGUUCGGAAACUGCAUAGUAUGUGGAGCUUCUAUUCUUUGCCCUCCAUGGCCGCACGAAGAUCAAGAAGAGUACACAACCCCAGCGGGUUGGGAAGAGAGAUUGGAGCAGUCCAAAGGGUAUAGUUUUAGCAUCAAGGCCAAGGAGUUGGAGGAAAUGGAGUUUCCACCUCAUUCAAUUACGCCCAUGACCUUUUGCCGUGCAAUUCUCGACAAGCCGGGACAUCCUUUGCAAAUAUCAGGGAUUACUCAACACCAGUUCUGCUUGAGCCAUGUUGACGAGGACCCAGUCCCUUGUGACGCCUCCAAAGCCCGGGUCGGAAGUACAGUCAAAUCAGGCAAUCAGCACUAUGCAGAAUAUUUUGCAGCCAAUGUCUUCAAGCCAGACAUAUAUCGUGCAAAAGGCAAACGGGUUGGGUAUAACAUGCAUAUGCCGUGCUGGGUGUUGCUGUGCCGUCUAAUUGGGAAGCGGUUGAUGGAAGAAAAUCUUGAUUGCUUUGUCGAGGCAAUUAAGUCAUUCUGGCGCUCUAAAAGCAGUGAAUGGGACAUCGAUUUCGACGUGCAGGACUACGAUGAUAGCUGUUAUGGUAUCAUGCCGUGGUCUGAAAGACCGCGCGGUUGGCCGGAAUAUGAUUAUGGAGAGGGUCCGGAUCGUCCUGAGCACUGGCAGCAGGUCAAGGUCAAUGAGAACCCGGGUAUCAUUUUUGACAUUCAACAGGUUAUCAAAAAUGCUUACUCGGCCUUUGGUCGGCGUUUUGCAACUUGUGGCGAUCAUCUAGCGCAUCAAAUACCAGUGGAACUGGCGAUAAUGAUCGUCGAUUUAAUUCGAAAGGCACCCGGUUACGGCUUGGAGGACAUCAAAAGCACAAGAAACAUGCUUUCGGCAUUUGGAUGGAGCCUACCCGACACUUACUGGCAGUCACGUUGCAGAAAUCGCUUGAUUUUCGAGGUCGAGGAUUUGAUCGAGGCUGGGUCCAAGGUGGACUGGCAGCUGGUCUGCCUAGGUCUGGAAGAGCUUCUAUUCGAUCAUCACUGGUACUUCAAGGGUGGGCUGAGGAACAGAGGGCGGAUCCUACAGCUCAUUGGCCAGAUCAAAGUAGUAUUCCUGGAACGACUGAAUUCUGGUGUUGGAAGCGGAGUGAAUAUCAACUGA